AACCUGAAGAUGUGCCUGCGCAUCGUGCACGUGCAUCCGUCACGCGUCGCGAGCUCUCGGAAAUUCGUUUAGUUUGUCCCCCGAGCCGGUGCCACGCGUACCUGUACGACGAACGAGAUCGACACGACGCGCUGUGACUAUGAAAACAUGAAAACUUUGUGAUGCGUUCCAAAUAAUUUAAAUUAAAUUAACAAAAAUAGUGUUUGCACGAGUUUCUGUCCUGAAAAAUAUUGUAGACCCGGCGGCUCGCGCGGAUGUGUGUGCGGCCCGCCAGCUGAGCCCCGGCGCCUCGCGCGGAUGCGUGUGCGGCCCGCCAGCUGAGCCCCGGCGCCAUGGCGGGCGCGGCGGUGCGCGCGCUGCUCGUCGCGGUCGCGCUGGCCGCCCUGGCCCGCGCCGGCGCCGCGCGCUUCGGCGACCGCCUGGCGCCGCGCGUGCCCGCCUACUCGCCGCGCAGCGCGCCCUCCGCCGCGCACUACAUCGACAGCGAGGACGAGGAGCCCUACGAGCGGGACUACGACGCGCCGCCCGAGCGAGAGGUCCCGCAGCCCCGCCGCCCCACGCGCACUGAAGCUCAUCGGCUGGAGAUGAGCACGGAAUAUUUUGUGAUACCGGAGCGCCCUUCGCCUGCGCCGACGCCCUCGUCGACUUCACGGGUCGUCACUGCGUCGACGUUUCGACCGACUAAUACGACGCGCCCUCAAAUAGUCAUGCCCACGUUGAGGAUCCUAAGGACAGAAUCGUGGGCGGUGCCGACGCUGGCCUUGGCUUGCGUGAGCAUGAUAGUGAUCGGAGGGUUCGAGGGCUUCAUCGUGUGGGGAGCGAGCCGCAAGGCGCCGAGUCAACGGCAUCUUCUCCUCGGGCAGUGUCUGCUGUUCGGGCUGUUCACAUGCGCGGCCACCGCGGCGCUGUUCACCGCCGCUCCGACGUCGUUCACGUGCGGGGCGGUGCGCUUCGGGACCGGAGUCGCCUAUGUGAUCGUGUUCGCGUCGCUGCUCGUGAAAUGUGUUUUCUUAUUGAGCUUGAACGGUGGCGUGUACUUGCCGGCGGCGUAUCAAGGACUGUUGUUGUUUUUCGCAGUGAUGAUACAAGUGGCUAUAGGCGCGCAGUGGCUAGGCGGCUCGCCGCCGCGGGUCGCGGUCGGCGCUACGAAGUGCGACUCCCCUCUGUCCGACCUGCUGAUGUCGCUGUGCUACGCGGCGUUUCUGAUCGUGGUGGUCUGCGGCGUGGCGCUGCGGUCGCGCGGGAUACGCGACAACUACCGCGAGGCCACGCACAUCGCGGGCGCGGGCGGCGCCACGGCCGCCGUGUGGGUGUGCUGGGUGUCGGCCGCGCUGGGCGCGCCGGAGCAGCACCGCGAGGCGUGCGUGGCGGCCGGGCUGCUGGCCACGUGCGCCGCGGUGUUCGCGCUGAUGUUCGCGCCCAAGGGCCGGCGGCUGGCGGCGCUGGGCCGCGAGGGCCGCUGGGACGCGGACCGCGAGGAGGGCCUCAGCUCGAUAGGCGUGGGCGGCUCCGGCUACUCGCCUUCUUUCUUCCACUUCAAACCGGUCAAGUACGGGAUGGUGUCGGCCGCGGCGCCCGCCCCGCCCGCCGUGCUCGACCGCAAGGAGCCCUCCGCUCAGCCAGCCGAUCUGUACGGCGGCAUGUUCGGCUCGCACGCGCACGCUCGCCCCCUGUGUCCGCCGCACUACCCCCUGCACCCUCUAACGCAUUACCACUACAACUAUCCGCCCUAUCACUAUCUUCUGCCGCCAGGCGUGAUGAUGCAUCCAGAAGAGGGCAACGUGUACACGAGCGUGGAGCCCACCUUCAGCAGCAACCCCAACGUCUACUUCCAACGCACGGAGCCGUUGCACGUCGGCAUGAUGUACUGAGCCCCUGGCAAACCAGCGUUCCAGCGCGAACAGUGAGAUUUGACAGUGCAACCGCUAGUCACCACGGAAACUAUCUCAUCUACAAACUACAACCAUACAAAUCCAAUAACCAUAAAAAUAAUAGGCUACUUGCCUCAUUUGUAAACAGUGUUUAAACUGAAUUAUGGAAGUAUUAUAAGCUAUAUUUUAUUUUGUCCCGGCAAUAAUAACCAGUAAAAAAUUUCAUAUAAAUGAAAAAAUAUCUACGUAAAAUUUUUGCCGCCGAAAUACAGCACAUUAGCAAGUGACGUCAUUCGUAGAGAUAACAGCGUGAUUGGCGUUUGCAGUGAUGUGAUUAUAUCACGUCACCGCAAGCGCCAAUCACAAACCGAUGCCUUGUAGCGAAUGACGGUACAGUUUAUGAUUGGCGUUUGCGGUGCCGUGAUUAUUUUUUUUUUUUUAAUAUUACAAUUACAUGAUUAUUUUCACCAUCUAAACUGCCUCUAAGCAAAAAAUCUUCUUAGUUUUGUACAGCAGAGUAGCCUAUUGCAAGGCAAUAGAUAUGACUUGUACCAGUAGUGUAUAAUUAUAGUUGGGGAUUUUGGAUCAAGAAAUCACAAGGGAUUCUAGAUAAUAGAGCAAAGCGAGAUCGAUCCAUAUCGGACGAGAUGAUCGAGCGAGAUCGAACCACUCACUGUUCGAUUGUUUAUUUAUUUGUUUGCAUUGAAUAGCCUUCAAAACUACAGAACCGAUUUGAAAAAUUCUUUUACUGUUAGGCAGCUACACUGUCCCCGAGUGCUAUGGGCUAUAUUUUAUCCCCCUAUUUCUACGGGAACGGGAACCACGCGGGUAAAUAUUAUGUAAUGUACGAGUAAAAUAUACCAUUGCUUGAACAAUAAAUGAAUUGAUUGAUUUUGAUCCAGUAUCCCCAAUUAUACACUACUUGUACCUAGAUACGUGUGAACUUAUUUAGGUGGUAGGGACUACUGCCAGAGUAAUAAUCUUAAUAUCAAGGCAAUAGAAAUUACUUGUAUGCUUGAAUUGAAUCUGUCUCUAUUAAAGCCAACUUUUGAUCGAAUUUUGUUAAUACAAACAAAUUAAAAAUUAUUACAAAUCGCAAGUUAUUUUACACCCAAUAAUAUUUUGUAACCCAACAAAUUGUGUAUCCAAGAACCAUCUCAAUCACAUUUCCUUUCUUUUUUAUCAACCCAAAUUCGGAUCACUGCUAAGCACGAGUCUCCUCUCCGAAUGAGAGGAGUUAGGUCAAAUAGUCCACCACGCUGGCCCAAUACGGGUUGGUAGACUUCACACACGCUGAGUACAGUGUGUUCUGUAAAUGUAUGUCAAAAAGUACAUUUACAGAACACACAAUUUUUAAUAGACUCCCAAGGUUCUAAGUUCCGUUGUAUGCUUGUUUUUCAACAAUCUUUUAUAACAACACUAAAUAUGAAAUUCAUGAGAGCCAUAGUCAGACCAUGUACACUUUUUUAUAUUAAUUGAAAAUAAUGUAUAAAUGUUAUUUUUUAAACUUAAUUUAUAUUUUCUUAAUUAUCACAAUGUUAUUAUUUUAUCAAUUAUUAUUACUAAUAAUAUUAUUAUUAUUAACAUCUGAAAUUACAACUUUUUUUGCAGCAAUAUAAUUCAAUAACUUUAUUUUCAUUCUUAAAAAAUAUUUUGAAACUAAAUUAUGUGAUUUAAUUAGGUAUAUGUGACCCACCCUAAAUAAAAUGACGAGAACACUUUUUAAUUUUUAAAAAAUAUAAUAUUAAGGAUUUAGAUUUAAGGUAACUUAAGUUUAUAUUUCUGAAAGAUUGUAAAUAAAAAUGAAGACUGUCUAAG